UAAGAAGAUUUUUGUCAAAAUAGUAUUCUCUCUUAAUGCAGUAAGUGAGAAAUUUGGUUUUAUUCCAGCAGGUUAUUUUGGCGGUCUUUUUAUGAGGAGUUAGCCAUAGACAAUCACAGUGAAGAGACUUCAGAAUGGACAAAGUUUGGGAAAUGUAUGACCUCAAGCAAAUCUGGAGUACUUGUAAGUCUCCACUUUAUUGUCUUGACAAAAACUCACUGGCGCCAUCAAUAGAUGAAAUUAGGAAUAUAGGAAGCCAGGGAAUUAAAAAAAAAAAAAAACCUAAAGGAGGAAAUCGUAACAAAAUGAUGAUGGAGUCUUCAUGCAGACAACCAAUAAGAAUCCUUGAAUGAAUCAAUAUAUUUAAUUAUUUAAUUGGUAUGUCAUGUUAUAAUUUAUAUUCCUUCGUCUGGACUGAUUCUGAGAUUGUGCCCUCCUAUUUUGCAUUUUCACUUUUAGGACAAAGUUCUCAGCCUAUAUACAAAACAAAGUUCCCUGUGGGCCUAGCUCUCACCUAACUACACACCUCCACUUUAAACUGCACUCUUUUAAACCAUUAAAUAUUUAAUAUUUAAACUAUUCAAGCCAUUACAUAUUUAAACUGGUAGUUCCUCUGCAUUCAGUUUCCUAAAUUUGAAAUCUCACUCUUCCUUUGUUCCUCACUGACCCCCUUAAUUCCUGACACAACACAAUUUGGAGAAUGUGGAGGCGUUCCCCCAAGCCCUUGGGGUAGGGUUUGCCGGCACCCUGUGUGUAUCCCUAUUACAGCACUCAGGAGCUGUAUUGUAUUUAUCCGUUUACCGGGCUAGUAAACUGAGUGUUUUGAGGACAGAUUCAGUAACUUACAUGUAUUUGGAUCUCCCGUAGUUCUGCAGUACCGGCCAAAACUGUGGGGCUCCACAAAUGUGCUGGAAUACACGGAAAGGUGAGGUGGGAGGACUGAUGGAUGGGUCAGAAAACGAAAUUUCUAAGCAUUAAACUUCGUAAAUUGUGGGGACCAUCAGCGCUUAACUGAGUUGCAGCUGCUUGGAAACGCCACAGAGGUGAGUCAUGGGAUGGCAGUGAGGUCAUAGAACUGCGAGGCCAACCUAAGUCUUCAACAGUCACACCUGCUCUGGCAAAACUGAGGCACAGGGCAAGGAGUAGCAGGACUCCAGGGUCUCCAGGACCUGGAAUUUGGUCCAGGCCCAGCUUUUCAAGCAACGGCCCAUAGGAACAAAAGGCUGCAGAAGGCACCAGGAACCGUUAGAAAUCAACCCAUAGGCACAAGAGGUGCAGAAGGGGCCAGGAACCGUUCGGGAGGUAGGGAAGAGCCUUCAGAAGAGUAGUGCUUAGUAGCUCCGACCCCAAAGCCCACAGUCACCCACUGAGGACACAAGGCAGAUCACGAGGCAAGAGCCUGCCUUCCGACACAGUCAACGGCCUCUACACUUUCUCUUCCAGUACAUUUUACUUUCGAGAGUUCUUUUUCACAGCUUCCAGAGUCCAGCAGCCGAAGGGACGAGCGCUGCGGGCCCUGUCGCCAGGGAGCUGCAGCCAGCGCCCAAGCUUUGCUUUCACCGGAUUUGGCUAGGCGGGCUGCCAGACCGACCCAUCUCUCUGGAAACAUGUGACGUGGGGAGGUGACCUGCAUUUCUUCUGAUAUAAGACUACAGAUUAUGAGUUCGAAAACGGGCGAUAUCAGUCGAACCAACGACCCAGCUUCAGGACCUCGCGGUCCCCGAAAAACCGUCCCCUGGGAAGGGAUCCACACCGUUGCCCGAAGUUAGGCGCAACCGGAAGGGGCGGGGCUCCCCGGACGCGGAGCUUCUGCCAGCAUGGCUUCUCGUGGGGUCAUUGGGGUUUUCCUCCUCUCUGCUCUCCCCCUCUUGUGUCUGGAGCUCCGGCGUGGGAUCCCCGAUCUAGGCGUUAAAGAUCUGAUUUUGCUGUGUGGUCGGAUUUUCUUACUGCUUGCUCUUCUUACCUUAAUUAUUUCUGUGACUACCUCAUGGCUUAAUUCAUUUAAAUCGCCCCAAGUGUAUCUGAAAGAAGAAGAAGAGAAGAAUGAGGAAAAACAAAAACUUGUCAGAAAAAAACAACAAGAGGCGCAGGGUGAAAAGGCCAGCAGAUACAUAGAGAAUGUUCUAAAACCUCACCAGGAAAUGAAGCUGAAAAAACUGGAAGAACGCUUUUACCAGAUGACGGGUGAAACCUGGAAGCUGAGCAAGGGCCAUAAGCUUGGGGUUCUUGAUCUACCUGAAGAACCUCCUGAAACAGCUGAAGAAGUAGUUACUGUUGCCCUCCGAUGUCCAAGUGGGAGUGUCCUGAGAAGAAGAUUUUUUAAGUCUUGCAGUUCACAGGUCUUAUUUGACUGGAUGAUGAAAAUUGGGUACCACACAUCCCAAUACAGCCUGUCUACUUCCUUUCCCAGACGCCCUCUGGAAGUGGGGGGAGGCUGGUCCCUGCAGGACAUAGGAAUAACUGUGGAUACUGUACUCAAUGUGGAAGACAACGAGCAGACAACUAAUGAAGAAAGGAGAACUGCCUGUUCUCCAUAAAAUCAGCGAUGCCAUGGCCUUACAGGACAAUAAAGGAUUCACAUUAAAAUUAUGCCAUCCCUUGAUUGAGCUAAAGGAGGGAAACACUUUAAUGUUGAUGUCCUUGGGAACAUGUGGACAUAAAGGAUUAGAAAAGGAUUACUCUCUGCAUAUAAUAGUUUUUGGAAUGUGCCAUCUUACCAUGUACCAAAUGAAGACUAGAUAAAAAUGUCUACAGUAAGAUACUCAAUGAUCUGUAUUUUUCCUAGCUGACAUCAUUUAUCAUUAUGUUGAAAAACAAAGUCAUACGAGUCUGUUUCCUGCCUCUGCAGUCCACCUUGCCACUCUGACCGUCUCACAAUUCAGACUCUCUAAAGUCUAUUAAGUAGGAAUGUGUGUGUGUGUGUGUGUGUGUAUGUAUAUAUAUGACCUGUGGUCAUAUAUGUAUACAUAUAUAUACACUGCAGGAAGAUGAAAUAAAC